AUGCUUACGAAUCCAUUAAAAUUAAACCGACUGAUUUUGAACUAUUGCAAGAAAGCGAUGUUACCCGGAAUUGGUCCGGAAUCAUGUAGAAAAAAAAUAUCUUCCGCGUUCAUAGGUUUCAACUUCUAUUAUGAUUGGAAAUUCUAUGCCAGGACAAAAUCUCCCAAUUUUGAAACGUAUCCCAUUCCUUCCGAAGAAAUUAGGGCAUAUAUUAACGUUGGUGGAUCAGUUUGGGCAAUGGAUUGGUGUCCAAACGUAUCAUCUGAACGAGAGCAGUAUUUAGCCAUAGGAGGGUAUAAAUCUACUAUAGGUCUUUAUGGAGCUUAUGAUAAAUUGGAGAUAACGAAAUAUCUAUUACCGAAAUUAGGUAUCAUUGCAUAUUCUUUUG